AUGGCUACACGUAUCUAUACACCAUCUGUGCAUACUACAUCACUACCUUCUCCUUGUGAAUCGAGUUUAACAUUGAACCCAGCUUCAGAUAUUGUGCAACAGUUUGAUUCCAAAUACUUGUCUACUUAUUUACAAAACAGAUUAGCUGUUAUCAAGCAGGAGACUGAGAAUGCUAGACUAAGGGGACCUAUUGGUUAUUUGCAAGCCACCGAGGAGGAAGAUAAUGUUGAAGAACAGGAGCAAGUAGAUGGUAACGGUGCACAAGAGAUUAAUCAUGCUGGCUCAUCAUCAAUCUCGAAAAUACCAUCCAAUUUGCAACAAACGGAAAUAACCAUCAUUUACAACCAUCAAGAAAUCACCAUCAAACUCACUUCAAUACAAAGUCUAAUCAACUGUUAUGCUUUAAAUAAAAUCACCGUUGAUCAACUUACCAUCAACCAUUUGUUCUUAUACUUGUUUUAUCACCAAUUAGUCCUAUUCCCCACUCGACAACACCAAAUAUUUAUUGGUCAAUUCAACAUAAUCCAUUUGGGAAAAUCAUACAUCUUUCAAUACACAAACAAUAGCAGUAACAACAACACUACCACCACUAAUCCAAGAGAUCGUCCCAUAGACAGCUUGUUAUCUGACCUUAGAAUCAACCAAUAUCCCAAAUUGUUUCUCCACAUUAGAGAAAAUACCAUGUCAAUUGGCAAUCAAAAAUUAUCCCUUGUUGAAAUUGGCAAUUUCAUAUCAAGAAUUGUCAACUUUGUUGAUAAAUCAUCCGGUCAAGUGACUUAUGUUGACACCAUCAAGAUGAAGUUAAAGAGAAGUAGAUCUUCUCAAUCAAAUACAACGAUAAAGAAUAAUAGGGCUAGAGCUGAUGAUGGUGAUGGUGGAGCUGAUGAUAUUGAUGAUGAAAAAAUACUGAAGAGAACUAAAAUCAAACAGGAAUUGGUGAGAGUUUUACAUAGAUUGUAUUUUUGA